UAAGUGCGUGCGUUCGGGCAGCGGCGGCGGGCGAGGAUGGGCACGAGAUAGAGGCAGAGCCACCGCCGUCCACGGCCCCGAGAGGGGCGACAGAACCUCGGGCACCGGUCUACGGCCCCCACCCCGGCGCUCCGGCCCCUGGGAGCCCUCGUCACCGCGUCCUGCGACCCCGGGCAGAUAUAGACACGUGUGACGAUCUACGCAGUAGGAUCCCCUUUUCCACCGGCUCCGGACUUCCUCCAUCACACAAUGCCGCCGCCUGCGGAUAUCGUGAAGGUGGCCAUACAAUGGCCUGGCGCCUUCCCUAAACUCAUGGAGAUUGACCAGAAAAAACCACUGUCUGCAAUAAUAAAGGAAGUCUGUGAUGGGUGGUCUCUUGCCAACCAUGAAUACUUUGCACUGCAGCAUGCUGAUAGCUCAAACUUCUACAUCACGGAAAAGAAUCGCAAUGAAAUAAAGAACGGAACUAUCCUUCUAUUAACCACAUCUCCGGCUCAAAAUGCCCAGCAGCUCCAUGAACGAAUACAGUCAUCAAGUAUGGAUGCCAAGCUGGAAGCCCUGAAGGAUUUGGCCAGCCUCUCCCGGGAUGUUACCUUCGCUCAGGAGUUCAUAAACCUGGAUGGCAUCUCACUCCUCACUCAGAUGGUGGAAAGUGGCACAGACCGAUACCAGAAGUUGCAGAAGAUUAUGAAGCCUUGCUUUGGAGACAUGUUGUCCUUCACUUUGACAGCCUUUGUGGAGCUAAUGGACCAUGGCAUCGUGUCAUGGGAUACAUUCUCAGUGGCAUUCAUAAAGAAGAUAGCAAGCUUUGUGAACAAGUCUGCCAUAGACAUCUCAAUCCUGCAGAGGUCCUUGGCCAUUUUGGAGUCCAUGGUUCUCAACAGCCAUGAUCUCUACCAAAAGGUAGCCCAGGAGAUCACCAUUGGCCAACUCAUUCCUCAUCUUCAGGGGACAGAUCAAGAAAUCCAGACUUACACUAUUGCUGUAAUCAACGCGCUUUUCCUGAAGGCCCCUGACGAGAGGAGGCAGGAGAUGGCUAAUAUCUUGGCUCAGAAGCAGCUGCGCUACAUCAUUUUAACACAUGUCAUCCGAGCCCAGCGGGCCAUCAACAACGAGAUGGCACACCAGUUGUAUGUGCUCCAAGUGCUCACCUUUAACCUUCUGGAAGACAGGAUGAUGACCAAGAUGGACCCCCAGGACCAGGCUCAAAGAGACAUCAUAUUUGAACUUCGAAGAAUUGCUUUUGAUGCCGAGUCGGAACCUAAUAACAGCAGUGGCAGCAUGGAGAAACGCAAGUCUAUGUACACGCGGGAUUAUAAAAAGCUUGGCUUCAUUAAUCAUGUCAAUCCUGCCAUGGACUUCACACAGACCCCUCCUGGCAUGCUGGCUCUGGACAACAUGCUGUAUUUCGCUAAGCACCAUCAGGAUGCAUACAUUCGGAUUGUGCUUGAGAACAGCAGCCGGGAGGAUAAGCACGAGUGUCCCUUCGGCCGCAGCAGUAUAGAACUGACCAAGAUGCUGUGCGAGAUCCUCAAAGUGGGCGAGCUGCCUAGCGAGACCUGCAAUGACUUCCACCCGAUGUUCUUCACCCACGACAGAGCCUUUGAGGAGUUCUUCUGCAUCUGUAUCCAGCUCCUGAACAAGACAUGGAAGGAAAUGAGGGCAACUUCUGAAGACUUCAACAAGGUAAUGCAGGUGGUGAAGGAGCAGGUUAUGAGAGCGCUGACAACCAAGCCUAGCUCCCUGGACCAGUUCAAGAGCAAACUGCAGAACCUGAGCUACACUGAGAUCCUGAAAAUCCGCCAGUCUGAGAGGAUGAACCAGGAAGAUUUCCAGUCUCGCCCAAUUUUGGAACUGAAGGAGAAGAUCCAGCCAGAAAUCUUAGAGCUGAUCAAACAGCAGCGCCUGAACCGCCUUGUGGAAGGAACCUGCUUUAGGAAACUCAACGCUCGUCGGAGACAAGACAAAUUUUGGUAUUGCCGGCUUUCACCAAAUCACAAGGUCUUACAUUAUGGUGACUUGGAAGAGAGCCCCCAAGGAGAAGUGCCCCAUGAUUCCCUGCAGGACAAAUUGCCGGUGGCAGAUAUCAAAGCAGUGGUGACGGGAAAGGACUGCCCUCACAUGAAAGAGAAAGGUGCCCUUAAACAAAACAAGGAGGUGCUUGAGCUCGCUUUCUCCAUAUUGUAUGACUCAAAUUGCCAGCUGAAUUUUAUUGCGCCUGACAAGCAUGAGUAUUGCAUCUGGACAGAUGGGCUGAACGCGCUGCUUGGGAAGGACAUGAUGAGUGACCUGACACGGAAUGACCUAGACACCCUGCUGAGCAUGGAGAUCAAGCUCCGCCUGUUGGACCUGGAAAACAUCCAGAUCCCGGAUGCUCCUCCGCCCAUCCCCAAGGAGCCCAGCAAUUAUGACUUCGUCUAUGACUGUAAUUGAAGUGGCUGGGCCUGGACACAUUCCUCCUAAACUGGAAGAUCUAGCUAUGAGCAGAGAGGAGCGCAAACACACCCACAUGUUGGGACCAUCCUUUGGUGGUGGGAAGCUGCGGGUCAACCCUUCCUUUGGCCGCCUUUAUA